AUGUUUGCCAAUAUUUUGAAGUUCUCCUACCUUACUUAAUUGGAAUUAACAAAAAAUAAAAAGAAAUGUAUCCAGAUUCUAUUUAAUAUUUAAGUCUUUUUGGAUUAAAUUUAUAUCAAAUAAAGUCAAUCAAAUAAUAUUCCUGAAGAUAUUUUUGAAAAGUUUGUUUUAUAAUUAAUAGAAAUUUAUAAAUAUUACAAUCCAAAAUUAUUUGAUACAAUUUUUAGUGAUUUUUGUAUGCCUAAAAAGUUGAUAUAGAAAUGA